AUGGGGACACUGAAAGCCACCUUGAAGCCCAAGUACAAAGUGAAAAGAAGCAACUUACAAAUCAGUACCCUCCUUCCUUCUGGGCGGGGAGCUCCCCUAGUGGAACUGAAACCCAAAGUUAGCCAGGCCUAUAUCUGCUGGAGCCCAUGCACAUACAACCGCCCAACAUUUGGAGUUGUUUUCCACACCAAGACUCGAGGUGUGCACUCCAUUUUCUGUCUGACUUCCUGGCCGUGGGACCACGACAGCCCUGCUCCCUUCAAGGUCAGAAUGGGCAGUCCACACUGUAUCCCUGCCUCUUGGCAGGCUUUCAUUCCACGCAAGCAGACCUGGAACUACUCACCCUCUCCCCACAUGGCUGGGGUUCGCCAGAGUCUCCAGCGGGGAGGCCUGGGUGAGGAUGGAUCUGUUAGCUGCCAAUUCCCAGAACUCCUGGGAGAGCCUGGAGAUGUGAGGACGCCGCCUCAGGGGGAGGUGGCUUUGUGA